CAAUGCAGAUACAUUAAAAAUAUUGUAUAAAAUUGUCGGGUUGUGUGUAAAAGAUUAUAUGAAAAAGUUAAUUUUAUGUUUAGACCUGGGUCCCAUCAUCCAAAGAAGUUGUUAUGUAUUAUGUAAAUAUUCCAAACCUGAAAUCCAAAGCACUUGCUUCCAGGCAUUUCAUAUAAGGAAUAUUCACCUACAUCAGUUCAGUUUCUUUCCUUAUACAUUGCUUCAGAGCACCAGUGCUUUUUAUGAUUCAAUUGUUUGCUUGGUGGUACUUAGCCCUGAUACAUUUCUGCUUAUCAUUAUGCAUCAUUAUGUGAUGCAAAUGCUUUAAAUACAGUUAAAUUUCUCUCUCUCUUUUUUUUUUUUUAAAUAAAAACCAGUCUGUCUUGAAAAUUUGUAGAACUUUGAGUUGGCAGUCUUAGAUCUGUAGGCCUUAAUACAAUAGUAACCCUUCAUUUUAGUUUUGCUUUGUGAAGAUUUACUUAUCUGAUACCAUCUAUGGUUAGAGGGUAUUAAAUGGGACAUUCCAGAAACUAAGUUUUAAAUCAUUUUGUGUAAUAUGAUGGAGUUUCAAACUUCUCAUCCGUGACAGGAAUAAUCCCUGUUCUUUUUUUUUCCUUUGGUACUGGGAAUUGAACUCAGGACCUCAAGUUUGCCAAGCAGGCACUUACGCCGCUGAGGUAAUCCCCAGCCCUUAAUUCCUGUUCUUAUAUGCUCUGUGAGAAUUAGUCACUUGGUGGCCCUGUCAGUUAUCAGAUGUAUAGAGUUCAAUAUUGUCAGCAGCUCUGGGCUUUCUAGAGGUUUGGAAUGUUCUCUUUCCCAGAGAGGGCCCUACUAUAUAUGUGAAAUAGCUUAGCCCCUGUAUUUGUACCGAGGAUUGAAUUUACGACCUAGUGCUUGCAAGGCAGAUGCUUAUACCACUGAGCUAAAUCCCUGGCUUUGUCCCUAUAUUUUUGACUGAGGUGAAAUUCUGCCCCUCAAACUCUUUUUCCCAAAAUUCUCUCCUGUAGACUUUGAGAUGGUAUUUCUGCUUGUACCAUAGAGUACCAAGACUCCAUUUUUUUCAUUUCUUCCUAGGCUUUAAGAAUAGAGGUUUCUGCAAGAUAUCUCAGAAUUACUUUGAUUUGUGUGUGAUUUACAUAUCACAAAUAGCUUUGAAAUGAAACAUAACUCAAAAUUACUAAAAGUUGGUUGAGAUAUAUGUACAUUUUUAAUGGUAAGAAUGAAAGUAUAAAAUAUAGGCUAUUACCUAGUAUUUGCUUUUUUACAUUUGGAUUUUUUUGUUGUUAUUUUUGAGACAAGAUCUUGUUACGUAGUUUGGGCUGGACUUGAACUCAUUGUGGAGCCCAGACUGGCCUUGAACAUAGGGCAGUCUUUCUGCCUCAGUCUUCUGAGUGCUAGGAGUACGGGCAUGUGCCAUCAUGCCUGCUUACCUAGUAUUUAGACAAUUAGAAAUUAAGAGUUAGUAUAAAGUAAUUUGAAGUAGCUUAUCAUUUGUGCCACAUGCUCCUUAAGAGACCAGUUGGUGCAUGGCUUCUAUUAUAUACCAUAUACUUUAUAGGUAAUACCCUCAAGAAUACUUCUUACCUCCUUGUUUAUAGAAUGCCAACCUAAUAACCUCAUGUUUCAGGUGGACUUUAUGUAGAGUUUUUUUAGUUGUUACUAGAAAACAGGCAUACCUACGUAAAAGUAAGCACUGUUAAUUUUUGUAAUCCAUUGGUCAACAACCAAAAAAAAAAAAAAACCUACUUUUUUUUUGGUAACAGAGAUCAAACUCAGACCUCACCCUUGCCAGGCAGGCACUAUACUAUUUUGCCCCAAGGACCAGUAAGGCUGAACAGUGGAAGGGUUGGCAGGUCGUGUCUGCUGUGACCCAAGUCAGAUGUAAUUCAUGUUAUCAGAUGUAUUUGCUUGAAAAUUAAUAACCAUUUUUCAAAAUGGAGGAAUUAUUUGAAUAGAUUGCUUGCUUUGUAAGUGGUUAGCUAGCAAAUAAGUUAUUUAUCUGUUUACCAUGAUUCCUAGUUGAGUAGCUAUAUUUUUUCUUCCAACUAUCUUAUUUGGAUUGUGGGAUGAUAGAAACCUAUUUCAUGGGGCUGGGGAUUUAGCUCAGCAGCAUAAGCGCCUGCCUUGCAAGCAGGUAGUCGUGAGUUCAAUCCCUGGUACCGAUAAAAAAAAAAAAAAAGAAAAGAAACUAUUUCAUGGUUAUUAAUAUUGAUGUUUAAGUGAAAGUCUCAAGUACAUGAAAUUUUCAAAUAUGUAACUUAAUGGGGUUUCUUAUUUUGAAGUCUCGAUAUAAGUGUAUUUUUCUUACGUUAAUCUUGCAUUUAGGAUUUUAUGAAAAUGGAGAAUUAUGGAACAUGUGUAGGCUUUGAUCUCUGUGAGACACCCCUCUCCAGUGUUGCUCAGAAGAUCUUGUCUGCCAUGCAUUCAGGUGAUGCAGUGGAUUCUGAGAACUUGGGGGAGAACACAAAGACUGUAGAAGUGACCAACAAAUGCAAUGUUAAGUACCCAGUGCUACUUGAAGAUAGGAAAGAUCAAUCACUGGAAGAAAGGAAUCCUAAAUCUUUAAUUAGUCAAGCAUCAAGAGGUUCUAUCAGGCCCUCUUCUCAGUCCUCCAGGGCCAAGCUAACAGGACAACUGCCUGCUGAUCAACAGCAAAAGAGCAUAAGCUCUUGGCCUCUUUCCAGUGGUUUGAUCCUGCAGUAUAAUCAAGAGGUUUCUGGUUUACAGAAAACAAAGAAUAAGAGAAAGUAUUUCCUAGAAGGAACUAUAAACAAGGAAAAUAAGGAAGGCAUGAAAAUUAAAAGAAAACAUGUUACAUAUGGUAAUUCAUCAGAGAAAACAAGUAAACACAUGGCACUGGAAGAGGAUGCUAACAAAGUUGAAACCCACCUAAUCUCUGGGUCCUCAGGACACUUUUGCGACAUUAGGUAUUUGGAUGAUUUGGCAAAAGGCCAGCUGACAGAAGCACUCAAGCAGGCAGCAGCCCUGGUAUUGACCCUGAUGUAUAAGGAUGGCUCCACCCAGCUAGGAGCUGACCAGUCACAGGCCCUGACUUCCUGUGUGAAAGGGGUGGUGAUGUUACUGAAGAGUCACGUGGAGGCAGGCAGUGGUCUUCUGGAUGGUCUGGCCUGUGCUGGUGGUCUGGCAGGAGAAUCUGGGCAGGAGGACUGGUGCAUCUACAUACACAUGGAGCGCACCUGUCUCUGGGGCCGUGAACAAGAAGCACAUAGGCUAUUUGCCAGGAAUGUGCUAUUUCAGACACUGACAUGUAAAUGCCCUGUUAUUUGUUUUAACGCCAAGGAAUUUGUGAAAACAGUACUGCAGUUUUUUGGUGAUGAUAGCAGUUGGAGGCAUGUUGCUAAUUUUGUAGGAUUAGACCCCAGAAUUGCUGCAUGGCUCAUAGAUCCCAGUGACGCUGUACCUUCUUUUGAGGACUUAGUGGCAAAACACCAUGAAAAGUCCAGUACAGUCAAAGUGAGCAGCACAUGUGGAAAUUCCUCAAGAAACUGUGUGAAUCAGAAUGUACGUGUGAACCUGAAUAUACUCUACAGACUUACGAUGGAUCUGUGUUCCAAGCUGAAGGCUAAUGGUUUAUGGCAACUAUUUUGUACUUUGGAGCUUCCUCUGGUCCCAGUUUUAGCAGUGAUGGAAAACAACAAGAUUCAGGUGAACAGAGAAGAGAUGGAGAGGAUGUCAGUGCUUCUUGGGGCACGUCUCAAGGAAUUGGAGCAAGAAGCCCAUUUUGUUGCAGGAGAACAGUUUCUUAUAAUGAGUAAUAAUCAACUUAGAAAGAUCCUCUUUGGCAAGCUGAAGCUGCACCUGUUGAAUCCCAGGAAGACCCUUCCCAGGCCAGGGACACAGCGGCACCCAUCCACGUCGGAGGCUGUGUUAAAUUCUCUGCAAGAUCUGCAUCCCUUACCCAAGAUAAUUUUGGAAUACAGGCAGGUUCACAAGAUCAAGUCAACCUUUGUAGAUGGAUUACUAGCUUGCAUGAAAAAGAGAAACUUCCUUCUUCACCCAUCCUUGGUCCCAUGGCAGAAGUCUUGUAAUUCCAGGGGCAUUUCAGAGGGUUCCAUUUCCUCCACAUGGAAUCAGACUGGAACUGUGACCGGCAGACUUUCAGCCAAGCAUCCUAAUAUACAAGGUAUCUCCAAGCAACCAAUUCAAAUUACUACACCUCAAAAAUUUCAAGGUAAAGAAGACAAGAUUCUCAUGAUCUCCCCCAGAGACCUGUUUGUGUCCUCCAAAGGCCACACCUUCCUGGCAGCAGACUUUUCACAGAUUGAAUUGCGCAUUCUUGCACAUUUAUCUGGGGAUCCAGAACUUCUGAAGUUAUUCCAGGAAUCUGAAAGAGAUGAUGUAUUUUCUACCCUGACUUCACAGUGGGCCCAGCUUUCUCCUGCCCUUGAGCUCAGGAAUUCUGCGGACAAGUCCUCAGGGGUCCUGCCAAACCCAGUCCUGACCUUUCCCAAUGCUGCUGCUGCUGUCCAGUUCCCAGUCACCCACUACACAACUACCCUGGGCCCUGCUGUGCCCACCAAGCCUGGGGCUCACAGAGGAUGUGUCAGAUACAUGAGUGGAUAUGCAGAGUUCAGGUUUCCCUGUGCUCACCAAAAUGCCACCACCAGAAGACUCAUUUGAAUAAUAAAAUUCAGGAACUAUUUUAUGUAAAAUAACAGGACUUGAGAACUUUAUUAUGCUUAUACUCCAAGCUGAAGAGUGGAUAGUUGUAGAAAGUGUGUUUGAUGGUGACUGUAGAAUGUGUCAUCCCAGCACCUUCUGACUGUUCAUUCAUGGUCUAGGGAUGGAGCAGUGGAUAGUGAAGACACUUAUGGACUCUCUUGUGCCUCUGCUUAGCACCAAGAAUCACCCAAUGCUCAUUAGCCUUCUAUCUGCUUGCUGGUCUCUAUCCCUGCAUGUUCUCCACUACCACCUUCCCAUCUCAUAGCCCACAUGCUGAGAAAGUCAUGAAGUGGGGCAGUUGAGUCCCAAGAAGCAAGUUAUCCAACUCAAGAGUGGUCUGGAAUAUCGUCACUUCUGAGUCUCAUCAGCUACUCUUAACACUGUUGAUUGUUCCACAGUGUCCACUUCUUUCAGUCCUGAAAGAUGUCUUCCCCUAAAUAAGGCUCCCAAACACCCUUCUGCUAUGCCUCUGUUCUCCACGUUCUCUUCCCACCAUCCCACAGCUCAUGUUUCAAAGACAAUAAGAGCAACUUUAUUUUUAAGAAACCAAUGUCUUGGCAACCACAAACUACCAAAACCUAACUAAAAUGAAUUAAUCUGAAUAUUCCUGUAACUAUUAAAGAAAUUCAAAUGGCAACUUGAAAGCUCCUGAAAAAGGAAUCCCCAGGCCCAGAUGGUGUCAUUUGAGAAUUUUAGUAAACAUCUAAACAAAAAUCAUUAUCAGUUUUAUACAAUCUUUUCCCAAAACUAGAAAAGAAUCACUUACCCAUUUGUUCUAUGAAUUCAUUCAGCGUAAACCCUGAUGCUAAAACCAGAUAAUCAAAAAAUAACACAAAACUACAGAUCAAUAUUACUCACAAAUUGAAGUGCAGAAAUCUUCCACAGAGUAUUAGUAAACCAAAUCCAACAAUAUAUAAAAAGUUGCAUACCACAUGUAAGCUAAUUGAUCAAUGUACUCUAUCACAUUAAGCUUAAGAACAAAAAAUAGCAUUGCAUUAAUUGAUCCAGACAAAGCUUUUGACAAAUUCAACACCAAUCAUGAUAAAAAUAAUUCUCACCAAUUUAGGAAUAGUUGGAAAAAAACAUAAUUAGAUGAAGAACAUAUUUGUUUAAAAAAAAAAAAGCAGCCAACUGCAUAAUUAAGAGGGAAGAGCACAAUGCUUUUCUCCUGGGACCAGGAAUAACUUAUUAAUAUUGAGUAUUAAAAGUUUAGUCACUCCAAAAAAAAAAAAGUUUGGUCACUCCAAAAAAUAAGGAAAAUAAACACAUGCAUAUAAAUUGGAAAGGUGGAAAUAAAACUAUUUACAGAUGAAAUGAUUGUCUAUGUAGAAAAUCCCAAAGAAUGUAUGAAUUUUUUUUAAAUUCUAGAACUCAUAAAUGAGUUCAACAAGAUCCAAGAUCAAAACACAAAAAAGAUCACAUUUCUAUAAACUGACAGUGAACAUGCAGAGAAUGAAAUUUAAAACAUAAUGCCAUUUUUAAUCACUUCAAAGAGGAUGAAAUAUGAUAGCCCUUGGUUUACAAUUUCGAUUUCAAUUUUUUAAACUUUAAUAUAGUGCAAAAACCAUGUGCUUAUAGUGGGAACUGCACUUCAAAUUUUGAGCUUUAAAAUCUUACUAACCUGCUGGUCUGUGGUAUGGCUCUCUCCACGUGGUCAGUGCAGGAAGCCACAGCUCCUGGUCAGCCCUGUGGUCAUGGGGCAAAGAACCAACAUUCACAGUGUGCUGUGUUGCUGAGAUAGGGUGUUCAGCAGGUCAGACGUAUGAGGACCUCACACUCAGUGGGUCAGACAUUCUGCACUUACUGUGUCCAACCUGCUGUCUUCAGCACACCCCACCCACUCAGCACUCUAAUUAUGCAAUACAGCACCCUAUGGAAUAGCUACUGUGGACUGCAGGAUGGUUCUUCCUCUCCAGUCAUCAUGCAGUUUGUUUCUUUUCUUAUAAUAUUUUCCAUUUAUAAUGGAAAUAAUGUAGAUAUAAUGUAGGAUAUAAUGUAGUUGUGAGUCUAUGAGUUACUUGUGCUUAAAUGUCCAGCUAACAAAAUAUGUACAGGAUUUUAUGCCUAAAAUUUCAAAAUGCUGAUAAAGAAAUCAGACGUCUAAUAAAUUGAGAGAUGUACUAUAAUUAUGAUAUGGAAAGUUCAAUUUACAAAUGUGUCAGUUUCCCUUAAUUCAGAGGUUUAUAAUGCUGUCUGUAUUAAAACUGAGACAUGGGUGUUUAUAUAACAGAGAUGUUUAUUCUAAAAUAUGGAUGAAAAGGCACAGACUCUAGAAGAGCUAAAACAAUCUUGGUGAAUAAUAAACUGGUAGGAAUCACUGCCUUAUACUAAGAUUUAAUAUAUAGCAAUCAAGAGACUGAAGUUGGCAGAAGGACAGACAUGGAUCAAUGGAACAGAAAAGAGAAACCAGAAAUGGAUCCACACAAAUGUGCUCAGCUCAGCUGAUUUUUUUAAACAAAGGUAUAAUGUAUGAGACAGAAAAUAAUUCCCUUCAGAUUCAUGUCAAGCUGGUCACACAUAAAAACUGAUACUCAAGCUUCAUGUCUACAUUGGAUAGUAUAGUAUCUGUCUUUCCUACAUUUUAUUAGGUUGUAUUAGUUUUUGGAAGAACUUCAAAAGUAAGUAGCUUUGCUUCUAAUUCCCUACCAGCAAUAGUAAUCCAACAUUUGUGACUUACACUAUAAUUAGUUGCUGUAGAAAUGAAUUUUAUGUUCCAAACAGAGGACUAGAAUAGCACAUGAUAAAAAAGUAGAUCAAAUGCACUUCAAAAUGUUUGUUCUCUAUAAAUUCCUUAUUGUUUAAAACCAAAAAAGCAGAAAGGCAAAUAUUCUAAAGUAUUUAGUAACAUUUUCAAAGAAUAACAAUUCCCUUGAAGACCCUUUAGUGAUAUAUAAGAGGAGGUUUGGAAGAUGCCGCAACCCAGUGUGGCUCCUGAGGUUCUUGGGGUUAAUGACUGGUGAGAGGAUGAGAAAAAUAAAGAACAGACAAAGCUGGGGUCAGGUGGAGCCCUUAUCCUCCUGAUGGGAGCAAAGGAACUGCUCAACCACUGUAGCACCUUUAUUUAUAUACUGGGAAAGAUGAUGUCAAUUUCAGCCCCUCUGCCUAGCAACCCAUUGCUUUGCAGGCCUGGGCCCCUUGCCUUCUUGGUGCUGGAACACCCUAUUUACACAGCUUUUUUUGGUCUUUUUGUUUUUUCUGGGCUAGCCUUGCUUUAGCCCCCACACAUGUGAUCAAUCUCCAGCUUCAAGAGCUCCUGACAGGAAGAAACGUUGGAAAUAUGUGAAGCUGCACUUUGACAGACCUGCACCUGAGCUGGAAAGCCAGAGCACUGGAGAGCUGGGCCUGGCAUCCUGGAGCCCAGAGCCUGUCUCCUGCGUUUGGCUUCCAGGACGCAGGGAAGGUGCAACUCUCCACAUCACUGCUCAUUGUGACCCCAGACACCACCAUCAUUCUUUGCAGUCACCUUUGUGUCUUCACCUUUGCCUCAUUAGAGGUUUCCUAAAUGUUUUACAAAAUGCAGAAUAAAAACAUUCCUCACUGACUAUGCA